ACAAGCAACUGCGCAAAUUUUAUCAAAAGAGUCAAAAUACGAUAGGGGCACAAAGGUGAAAGUAAAUUGGCACGUGCGAUUUCUAAAAGCCUUGAAUAUAAAGCGCCAAACCGCGCACUUGUGUUAUCUGCUGUAUAAAACGCUGUCACUUGCCGGAAACCUGUGAGUAUUCAAGGUACAACUUACGCCGAAUACUUCUUGAUAUUUUCGUACGAGGAUACAACACCAUGGCUAGAUUGACAACUGGUUUUACGGCUACGAUUGUCGUUUGCGCAAUUUUUAAUGUUCUAAGCGAAGCCGGAAGAGCAACAUCAAAGGGCGAUGACGCGUUGAUACCUUGUAAGGGAACAAAGUCAGGCCAUAAUUUGUCAUAUCAAUGGUCUCGCGGCAUUUCCUCGUCACCACUGUCAGACUACCCUGAGAUGAAAGGCCGCAUAUCGGUCUCGGCUAAUGGAGCUCUAUUAAUCAAUCAUUUCACUAAGAAAGAUCACGGAAAGUACGUGUGCGUCAUCAAAUCUGGAAAUUCGCUGCUGGAGGAGAUUUCCGUUGACGUCGAUGACAAUUAUCUUCUCGAAGCUGAACAUUGCUUCCCAGGAUCUUGUAUUGAAGCUAGUAAAUGUACUACCCCAACUAGUCGCCUCAGUUGUCCCGAAAAUGGCGAAGUCUGCUGUUCAAUGAUUAGAGAAAAAGACAGGCAUCGAUGUCGACACUUUUUGGGAGAAUGUAUGGCCAGUUGCAACACGGUAACUUUGAAGAGAAACGCUGAUGAUUGUGAAGACGGGACGACGUGUUGCGUUCUUGUGUAACUCAUAACUGUUAAACUCUGAUUUUGUAUAUUGUCGAAGCUAGAAGUAAUUUAAAGAUUUUAUUUAAAAAACUAUUUUCUUACAUUUAAAAUUUUCUUAAAUUUAAUAUUUUAAUAUGUUUGUAAAAAAUGGAUUUCAAAAUAUAUUUCAACUUAAUUGAUGAAUACGUUUAAAAAUGAAGAUAUAGCGUGUUUACAUUCUGUUAUGUAAGCCACUAUCCUUUUACCACAAUGCAUCAGUAAAAAGUUCUACAAAACUUAUCGUACAAAACUUAGAAAAUACAAAUUUAAAACUUGAGUAAACUGCCAGAAGGUAAGAAUGGUUUCAAAAGCAAAGCACAUGGUAUAUAAAAAUGUAACACUUUUAUAAAAACUAAGUGUAAAUUAAAUAAUAAUAUUGAUUUCUACUACACACGGUACUAUUUUUUGAAACAUAUUGAUUAAAUUUAUUAUGAUUAUAGCUUAAAAUCUUGAAGUCAUUUAAUUAAAAAUAAAAAAUAGAAAAAAACCUUUAAC